CCGAUCAGCGCGCAGCGCUCCCCCCCACCUCUCCGCGCGAUCGGGAUUCGUGUGUGGACGAGGAUGCCUGUCGAAUUUCUGGCAUUGGACGACCCGCGCUCCCCCGCGCGGUCUCUGGACUUCGACAGCCUCGACAAGCUGCUCUCCGCUCCUGCCGGGAAUUUUGCUCGUCUCGAGAGCGUCACGCUGGAAAUCGUGGCGGACAACUCGGCGUGGGGCAUGCAGCCAGAGGUCACCCUUCACAAGGGCAUGCUCCGCCGAAUCCGAGAAGCUGGCUUGCUGCGGUUCGUGUACAGCCCCAAGGCUGAUUGGUACUCGGAGAACGCGGAAAUAUUCGUUCCGCACAGCCCGCAUGGUGCGGCCUAGAGUGAGCAUCGAAUACCUCGGCCUUUCUUUGCUAUGCAGACCCAUUGCUUUUGAUAAUACCUUGGUAUUGGUACUACGGUUUACGGCGGACAUUGCAUCCAUGGGAGAACAGUUGGCUGCGACUAAUAAUACCAGGCAGGCUGUCGGAGAUGCAGGCGAUGCAAUACAGUGUAGGAUCUGGUAAACCCUAUGUGGCCCGGGCAUCCUAUCGACAGGCUGCUAUGAUUUCCCAUUCGUCGUUCCCAGGCGUGAAGCAC